UGCAAAAUUACCUCGAAACUGUGGCUACGUAUAAAGAGACUAUGCUACGGUGCGAUUCCGAUCAAAAUGGCGGCGCCCAUGAAAAAGUUUCCGUCCGUUGUUUGUGUAAUGGAAAGUAUGAAAACACUUGUUUCUCCGGACCGAGGAUCAACAGGCUUGAGUCAAGCCCAGGAUCAAGCUACCAGGUUUGAUUCCACCUUGUCAUCGAACAUCGAGCAGCUGCACACUGCUCUGAAGAACGACAGCAAAUAUGAACCACUUCUCAGACUUGUUCAAGAACUUGAGCUAUCAUUUCAAUCAGAUGAAAUCAGGUUCAAAUUUGCACUUGAGUGUUUGAGGCUGAUCAAGUGCCUCAAGAUUGCCAUGGUUGAGGCCAUGAAAGAGUUUAACCAAUCACAGAGCAAAAACAGCGAGGAUAGCCAAUCAGCACCAAGGCCUGGGAGCAAGAGCCAAUCAAGAGUCAGACGAGAUGAUGUGGCUCCUCCCCUCUCUCCUGACACUCUAAGUAUUGCUCAGCAGAAAACACUCUCCACAGCUCUGCAGUUUGUGGUGUGCCUUGGGAUAUGUCCCAAUCUGCUACCAGGUGUAGGCAUACCCUUGGAAAGGAGAUCUGGUUUUGGAAAGGUGCUGCAGACUUCACAAGAAGACAAGGAUUCAUUAUUGCAGAAAACAACCAAGCUUUAUAAGGUGAUUGAUAUUUUAUUGGAUUGUGUGCAGCAACCAUCUCUUGGAAGUCAGAUUUUGUCAAAGUAUCUGGGAGAUAUGUUGUCAGCCCUCGUCCAAAUUUGCUAUGGCCCUAGACCAAAGCCAUGUGUUGCAACAGAACACAUCGACUAUACAAGAGGCACUUCUGUAUCAAGCACCGAAAAUGAUCACCAAAACUCAGAUGAAGCCACAAAUUGUAAUAGAGAAGGGAAAUGUGCAACUGAUAGAGACUUGACUAAGGAACAUGAGGGACAAGAAGAUAUGGCUUCAUCAACAGAAACAAAUCUUGACAUGUAUGAGCAAUGUAGAUCACAGCUACAUAGAUUAUUAGAGAAAGUAUAUCAGCCUCUUGUGGUGAGGGAACUUUUAGUUCUUCAAAGUAGAUCAGGUGGUCUGAGAGGAGUGAAAGGACAGAUGUCACUCACCUGGCUGAAGAAGGCCUGUGGUCAGUUGCUUUCAGAGAGACUCAUGAGACCUGGUGGGGUGGAGGCUGUAUUGAAGGGAUUUCUUGUAGGUGGCUUGCCGACCACAGGGAUGUCCCAAGAGUCAGUAGAGUGGAAGAAGUGUGAAGCAGUUUCCAGGCUUAUCGCCACCUGCCCACAACACUGCACAUCUAAGGAGGACUACUUCAGGUUCAUCUGUCCACAGAUCCUGGAUCUACUAAACACAAAGGAUAAGCUGAUGGCACCUGCCUUCCUCAGGGUUGCCUCUGUUACCAUGGCAACCAUUGUAUCCCAGCACCCUUUUCUAGCUGAGCAGUACCUACUGGACCCCUUGCUACAGCCGCUCCUUGUCACCAUAAGGGUUUCAGACCAGCACACAGAAGAUCCAGUGAUAGUUGAGGAGUUGUCCCUGACCAGGUGCAUAGUGAAUGUUCACAAGGUGUUUGUGAUGGGGAGUGAGCCUGCGUCACGUCUGGCGGUGAGCUUAUGUCCUGUCAUCCACCCACUGUUCCAGUUGCUGUGUUUCACCAAGAGAGGGGUGUCCCAUCUCAGAUCGAGAGUUGAAGAUAUACUUCUUAGCUUCCUGACGGGAGUGGACACAGAGAUUGGAUGUAAACAUCUGUGGCACAUCUCCAUUCCUGGAGAAACCUGUGAUCUCCCUGCCAUGAGUAGCAGCCUGCAGUUUGCUCCAGGUCCAGCAGGAGGUGCUGUUGUUUUGAAGCCAACAAGUACUGUUGAGCUUCCCUCACUGACGGACCCUGAGACAGAAGAUAACAUCGCUGCAUCCUGCAUGUGUGACCUCCUGCAGAAGUUACAGACUCAGGAGAUACCAGGAAACUUCUUUGUCAGUGUUCUCAAGGAGCUCACAGCAAUCAUGUCCUCCAAACAUGAGACAGCACUACACACCAGGACAGGUGCUGAUGGUGGGGGUGCCCUGUUGGAAAUAGAGGAGAGAGAAGCAGCCAUACAGGCACAAGUUGCCAGGGGCAUGGCCAUUCUGCAACUCUUAGGUGCCAUGUGUGAAAGGCUGGGACCCUCAGUGCUGAGAAGCACAGAGCAUGUUGUGCAGUUUGUUGCUGCCACCUUGCAGAGGGGAUGUGAACUGCAGCUGGAAGGUGCCUGCCCAAGACAGACAGGCCUGGACACUGAUGAAACAUUGUGUCUGGCCAUGGGUCUGACAGCUGCUGUCAUGGGAGGGGCAAUGGAGGUAAAGGAAGAGGAUAAAGAACAUUUUGAAAUGCUGUUGCCAUGGUUGGAACAGUUGAGAAGCAGACAUACUAACCCAGCAGUGAAGGAGAUGGCAGAGGACCUUCUCAUUGCCAUCAGAACUCACUGUGCUGUGGUCACGGAUAUGUUGGACACUUCUGUCAAGAAACUUGCUCAAAAGGCCACUCAGGCAGCACAAAGAAAAGAAGAAGGGCCUGCAAAAGACAACAGUAGCAAUACCAUGCCAACACCAAAGUCUUCAAUGGAUGUCAAACCUACUACAGGAAGCCAGGCAAAUGAAAAUAAUGAUGUGAAAAGUACCAGACAAACAUGUCAGUCCAAAGAAAAUGAGGCAAAGGAAGGCACAGUACCAGAAAACACUGCCUAUGAUGAGGCUUUAGCCCUUGUCAAGCACCCUCUAGUUCCUAUGAAAGGACACGGACUCAUAGCUCUGUCCUCUUUGGUAGAAAACAAGGACUCAAAGGCCAUGGCUGAAAAGGAAAGACUUCUUAAAGUGUUCCAAGAGAACCUGGAUCAUGAGGACUCCUACAUUUACCUUGCCUCAAUACGUGGUCUGGCAGCUUUAGGCUCUCGGUUUCCAGAAGUGGUGGUUCCUGAGAUCUGUGAACAGUUUGCUAACUUCAGACAAGGGAAGAAAGAGAGAACUGCAGAAGACAGGAUGAAGCUGGGGGAAAUCCUAACCAAAGUCACUCGUUCACUAGGGAGUUUACUGCCCCACUACUCCCAGCCCCUGUUGGCUGCUCUGCUGUGUGGUGUUCGGGACCCUGACUCACAUGUCCGUGCCAGUAGUCUUGCCAACUUGGGUGAAGUUUGCCAUCUCCUGAGGUUUUCCCUUGGACCCAUUAUUCAUGAGAUCUUUGCGUGCUGAGUGGGUAUGUUGAGCUGUGACCCUGAGGCCACAGUAAGGAGUGCAGCAGUGACAGUUGUGACUCAGCUGCUCAGGGGUCUCGGUGCUGAUGCCAUCAAGGUGCUGGACACAGUGCUGCGAGACUUGUACCGACUACUUAAGCACGCAGCACAUAUAGAGAAGGAUGAUACCACCAGGACACAUGUUUACAUAGCGCUGGAGGAGUUAGACACCAUCAUGAAAAACUUCCUCUUCCCAAAACAAACUCUAGAGAAGAAGAUUACCAUUUUGCCUUAGAAUGAUGAUUCUGUCUUGAGAUGAUGAAACAAUAGAAGAGUCAUACUUAUUUUAUGAAACAAGACUCGGAAACAGUAUUGUACAUUUCUGAACACUUGAGCAUUUACUACUCCUUUCCAUAUGAAAAAGACAUACAAAAAUAGAAACACAUCAUUGUACAAAACAAGACUGGUCACUAAGUUAACGAAGUAUAAAACCACACUGGAGUCUUGAUCAUUGCUGAAUUGAAUGUUUUAAACAUAAGAAUUCCUUUACAACGUGAAGCUUUCUUCUUCUUCUUCUUUCGGUAGGGCUGCCGCCCUCAUCAUUUUGAGGAUUCUGCAGCAGCUGCUUUACAUUGAACUUACAAUCCAUUAUAUUGAAUAUAGUAGUGUCAAUAUUUCAAUGGCAUCCAUGUUACCACAAUUGUAUGACAUACUAAGCUGUGGGUUUACAAAACAUACUACAAAAUAGAAAUAUUUCAAAAUCUGGAUACACUGUACAACGUACAGGUCCUCAAAACCUUUCUGCAGAGAAUAUACAUACUCAUCUCUACCAAUAUUACAGUAAACUACAUUAGAUACUUCCGGAACUGUGAUAUUGAAACUGAAUUUCUCAAACAAGGAACAACCAUUGUGGAUUAUUGCCAAAUUGACUGAGGAAACAAAUGUCAGGCAUUCUUAGAAAGAAAUUAACUCUGACAUGACAAGAAGACUGAGCUAUGGUUGGUGAGAUUGACAAUAUCACAGGUUGAAUCUCUAAUCGACAGUAAUCAAUACCCAUCUAUAACAGCAUAGAACAAUAACAACCAGUAAACAUUUAUAUAAAUCCUUGUACUUACUA